UACUAUGGGUUGGGCUAGGAUGAACAAGCAACCCGAGGUUUAAGUUUCGGUCAUCUCUCUGCUCACUCUCUGAUUUAUGUUUCUCUCCGCCGCCGCACGCCGGUGACGCCUCCACUGCCACUUUGCUUUCUUCUCUUCUUCUUUGUCUGCUGCAACCGAAGGUUUCCCGGACUAGGCAAUACCACGAAAACAGUUGCUGCAAUCGAGAAUCGCAAGUACCAGAAUAAGCUCUCCUUGUUCUCAGGAUGAGAUUCAAAAAGCAAAAGCGUCAUCGGAAAGCUGUGAGAUUCUACACUACAUGUUUUGGAUUCAGGGAGCCGUUUAAAGUCUUGUGUGACGGAACUUUUGUCCACCAUCUUCUCUCCAAUCAAAUAUUGCCGGCCGAUGCUGCCCUUGCUAAAGUUCUUGGUGGCCGAGUCAAGGUUUUCACCACUAGAUGUGUACUCUUAGAAUUGAAGGCCCUUGGUCCAUCCUACUCUAAAGCUUUUGAGGCAGCUAGUAAUCUGUCUACUGCAAGAUGUGACCAUGAGAUAAGAAAGCAUGCUGUGACAUGUAUCAUGGAGGUGAUUGGUAAAUCAAAUGCGGAGCAUUUUUUUGUUGCCACCCAAGAUACUGAUCUUAAGAAGCAGCUUCAAGAGAUACCUGGGGUCCCACUUAUAUUUGGUUUGAGAAAUGCACUUUUCAUGGAGCAACCAACUGCCUUGGAACGCCAAUUUGUUAAAUCUUCGGAAGAAAAAAGAUCGCAUAUUUCUGAGGUCGAACUUAAUUUGUUACGGAAAGUAACGAAGGACGACGAAGAGGAAACUGAGAAAACUAACGAAGAUGGAGAUCUGGUAGACAAAAUUUCAGAGAUGCAGGUUUUGGAAAAGAAAAAGAAAAAGAAAGGAAAUUUAAAUGAUUUGAAGGAUAGACCUCAAUUUAAGAGAAAGAAAACAAAGGGUCCAAACCCUCUUUCGUGUCUGAAGAAGAAGAAAAAGGUCGAUCCAAACCAACAUCCAGUUUCAGAGAAGAAGGCUGAUGAUAAUACUACUAAAAGGACUCGUAAACGAAAACGGGCACGAAAGGCCAAAACAACUGCAGAGACGGGAGCGCCAUAGUUUGUAGUCAUCUGAUUUGGCUUUGGUAAUUUGGUGCUUUGUGGUAAAUGGUAGAAUGAUUUGGUUUUAACGUUUAGAAUGCAUCCCUAGCAAGAGGAUUAGAAGUCUGAAAUUAGAUGGGAGUUAUGGGUGUUCCCUCACGAAGGUGUAGCUUCCAUAGAUAAGAAAAUUGUAUUAUGAUAAAACCCGUUGCCAACCUAAGCUAUAGAGAUACAAUUUUUUAUUUUCACAUGUAGUUGAUACUGGUCAAUAUUUUUCUGUUCUUGCAUAGGAAAUUGAUUCUUUGAACCUCAACGAGACCAGCUGAAAGCGAAAAUGGAUUGUUUCACCUUGUGAGGCGAUUUCUACCUUUUUUUUUUGCUAUUUAUUUUAAUAGAGGUGUGUUUAAGCUAGACAGCUUUUAGGGGCUUUUGCUCCUUUGGGUGAACUUGGAUUUAGAUUUAGAUGUGGUUUUAGUAGUUGAUGAACAAAUUUAUUUGUCCAUGUGUUUUUGUAAAAGAAUCGAUCAGGAUUUGCUAUUGCAGUUGCAUACAUUGAUUGAAACUCCUUAAGA